UUUCAGUCUUUGGUUUUCGGUAAAUCGGUGUAGUUAGUCGGAACUAUUUGAGAGGUUGGACGCGCUUCCGGAAGCUGUCAGCCUGGAACACCGCAUCAACUGCAAUGAAUUUUGAGUGGCCCUGGCAGUACAAUUUUCCCCCGUUUUUUACACUACAGCCCAAUGUUGAUACGAGACAGAAACAGCUGGCGGCAUGGUGCUCUCUGGCUCUGUCUUACUGCCGGCAUCACAAGCUCUACACCCUGGACGUCAUGGAGGCUCAGGAAAGCCCUGUGUUCAACAACAAGAAGAUAGAACGAAAACUGUCAAUGGAAGCAAUUCAAGUUGUGUUUGAAGAAUUGAGGAAAAAAGGGAACCUGGAAUGGUUGGACAAAAACAAGUCCCGGUGUUUAGUCAUGUGGAGGCGACCGGAGGAGUGGGGCAAGUUAAUAUACCAGUGGGUUUCCAAAAACGGGAUGGUCAACUCCGUGUUUACGCUUUACGAGUUGUCCAACGGCGAUGACACAGAGGGUGAAGAGUUCCACGGUUUAGAGGAGUGGAUGCUGCUGCGCUCGUUGCAGGCGUUACAAGCAGAAGGCAGAGCAGAGAUCAUCACCAUGGACGAUGGAAAAGGGGUCAAGUUCUUCUGAAACGGUGCUGGAAUUCAACACACACACUCUGUCUGGGAGCCGUCAUACUGUACCUAACAGGAAAAUGUUCAGAUUGAGCCAUUUAAGGCUCCACACACCUCGACACCCGGCCCGGAGGAUGCUGGUCCUGCAAUUGUCGUUGCCUUUUGGUUUGCCCGAGUUUGAAGCUUUUUCUUAUCAGAAGAGAACGAAUAUCAUCUCUAAGUGUUUGGGGUUGGGGGGGUACUAUAGGUGACACUGUGUUUUACGUUGUCACUGUUCUUGGGGUUUGUUGCCAUUUAAACAUGCAAUGUGUCUAUCAGGGUAAACACUAUCAUGUCUGAAUAGUCUUGGGGAAAACAUCCCCCUGCCAGCUGUAACUUUUCUCUUUCUCUUAUUGUAAAUACGACCAGUUUUAUCCAGAUAUUCCCUCUUAACAAAUUUCCUCGGUAUAAUUAGUUGUGGACCUUGCGCUCGGCUGCUGUUCCUCUGUUCCAGCCAGACAUCGUAAAGAAAUCCCAGACCACAACACCAGGGGGACUUUUUAUUUUGAGAAUGAAUGCUUCCAGAAGAGGAACACUGCAGAGACUCAGCUGCGUGUAGUGAUAGUGGACUUCAUGUACAGACUGCUGUCGUCCUAUUAUUGUGCAGUAGCUACUGUGACACUCCUGUUAUCCUCUUUCUCUCUCUCUGCAUAUCCAACCUCAUUUUUUCAUAUCCAAUAGAAAAAUAAAUUAGAAAUUUGCUAAA